GCGGAAGUUUGUACAGCAAGAAGUGAUGGUUUAUGUUACAGAGGUCUUGGAUCACAUCACCUGUUGGUAUACACCAGCAUGUUUCUACUGAUUUGGAAUCAUGCCAACCUCUUAUUUGGUGAAGCCAAUGCGGAUCUGGCAGAGCUGCUGCCAGAGGAUGCUGCUAAAAUUCUAUAAAGCUCCAAUUAGUUCCAGCCUAAGGAAGUACACCUCAAGGACUGACGAACAGUUACAUGAACUGCUUUUUGUGUUGUGCCAGCGCAGACAGUUUAUAACAGGGGACCAGCUUAGCAGAACCUCAUUCUUUAAAGGAUAUCAUAGCCUUGGACCUCUUGGGAUAGAGCUGAAAAAAAACUUAAUGACUCAGUGGUGGAACUCAAUGGUUUUACAUAGAGAACAAAUUCUACCUAUCGAUACGUUGUGCAACUUACCAAAAGAAUCAAGUACAACAGAGAAAUCUGUAGCAACUAUAUGUUCUGAAUCCUUGCAACAGCUGCUUCAAAAUGAUAACUUAACCAAAGACCAGCUCCUGUCAUUGUUGAAAAGCACAAUGAAUGCCCAUGGAAUUUUACGUCGAGAUCUUCUCUAUGGUAUGCUUUGCCUAUACCCUGACCAGUAUAUUCCUUGUCUGGAAUUAAUGAACAAGAAGCUUCCAUUUGGGUUGCUGAGAUAGGGCAAAUGCUUUCACAUGAAUUCUGAUAAGCAGGAUUCGGAUACUGUGGUAAUGCGUGUGGGAGAGAGGACAAUGGCUUCUCUAACCUGGUUCAGUUCUGCCAGAACCUCUGGACAAUGGAGAGAUUACUGGCUUCGUCAUAGACUUCUCUGGUGGCAGAAGUUUGCACAAGGUCCGUCAGGGUUCAGCUGCAUUGACCAGCAGGAUGACCAGGGCAAGAAGGUGUCACUGAUAAACUAUCAAUUCCCAUGGGGAAAGGAACCAAUCGAGAGCCUCUACAACAUGGAUGAAUCUGUACUUUUACAGAUGCAUUCUGGAAACAAUUCCAAACUCCAUGGACGUGAUGGACGGAAGACGGUCAUGCCACAUAUUUUAUGGGUGAGCGGUGAUUUGGAUCUGGGUAUACUGGCAUAUCUUUCUGAUGCCCUACAUCUAAUGGAGAGCCCAGCUCCUCGAAGCAAAGAUUGUCAGAGGGAGGUCUUAAUGUUGCAUCCAAUUCUGGCACCCAUAAAAGUCGCUGUGGUUAUUGGAAAAGGACCUGCCACGGAUUUACGAUUGGUUGGCCAAGGGCUUUCCAAAGAACUACGUGAAAAUGGGAUCUCUGUCUGGCCGGGGUACCUAGACACACUGCACAUUCCUUUGGAGCAGCUAUUCACAAAAUAUGAUGAGAUGGGAAUCCUUUUCACAGUCCUUGUGAGUGACAGCACAUUGGAAAAUGGUUUGCUACAGCUGCGGAGCAGAGACACCACCAUAAAAGAGACUAUGCACGUUUCAAAAGUGAAAGAUUUCCUAGAAAAGUACAUUGUAGCCUCACAAAAACUGUAGAAAUUGCAUUAAAGGGACAGUAAAGUCAAAAUUAAACUUUUAUAAUUCAGGUAGAUCAUGCAAUUUUAAAUUUACUUUGUUAUGAAAUUUUCUUUGUUCUUUUGGUAUGUUUUAUUGAAGAGUAAAACUAGGUAGGCUCAUAAGAGCUCAGGAGUGUGCACAUUUCUUUAGUAUGUAACAGAAUAAUCCACAGACAAGAGUCAGGACAGUAGGUUUGAGGGAUCACCUUCAAAAAUCCCCCUGAGAUUAAGCCUAUGUAACUCCAUGAGGCAGUGCCUAAUGCUGGGAAUAAUAAUUGUAUAUAAAUAGAGAAAUUGAAAGAAACAUUAUAUGGCACACUUGCACAUAGUGUAGAAGGUGUUUACAACAAAUAUUAAAAUGGAAGAGGGCGUGAGAAAACAAAAUAAAACUUAACAUUUAUUAAGGUAUAUUAAAAAUAUAGGACUAAACUGUCCCAUAAUAAAAGGUUAAAACGUCAAAUUAGCAACGCUGCCUCCCUGUAUAUCUGAGCAAUCAUACCCUUAUUGUGAGAAAACCGCUAUAAACAACUCUAAUGAGAAUCAGCACAAAAUGAGUAAUUAUCCCCACAAGCCAGUGUACUAUUAGUACAAAAGCUUAACUGAUCUUUCACAGUACUCCUGGCUGGUUAUUUAAAACCACUGGGUAUUCCCGUGCUACAUCCUCAAAAAAUAGACACAAUUAGAGCGGUUUAUAAUGUCAUAAAAAACAGAUUUACCAUAUAUAUUCACAUGCAGGAAGGCAGUGCGAACGCCUGACGUGCGUUUCGCCACUGCUUUAUCAAAAAAGACAGAGCAGAAGGAGAAAUAUAAGGCAUGACCUAUAAAUCUAAAAGAAGAUAAAUGCCCUAUCACCAGUUGUAGUAGCAGGAGGAGAGUGAGACAUUAGCCAGGCACUGCACAGACAGGAACAUGAGCUGCAACGGCCCAAUGUAGGAAUGGCAGGCUCCCCCCUCCCCUUCUGACCUACCAGGUAGCCUGCAGGACAAAAGAGCACACAAAAUAAUCAGCAGUAGUAUUUUACUCUGCCCCACAAUCCAUAUGAGUGAGAUCCACAGAGUUCCAUCAGCCACAGUAACCACUAAUAGGCUGUGGAGGAGGCGGGUCCCUCUGCUGUCAUCACAGUGUUUUGCAGAGAGCGCAGGGAAACAAUUCAGUGUGAUGCUUCCUGCAGCUCUGGCUGACUUGCGCUCUCUGCCUGUCAGAUCACAGUAAUUCAGAGCCUGUUGCCCACCUCAGAGUUAGCGAUGUGAGCGCUAAACAGAAUCCUGCCUUGCAGAUGAGCUGUCAUGUGCCAGCAAUUUUUUUUUAAAUAGUGCAGUGCUGCUUGGAGAAAGAUAUGCACGCGACCCGUGGUUUGAUGAACCCUGAAGUACUAAAGACAUGUGCACACUCUAG